AUGGCCGAUGCUAACCCUCCGCCAGUUGCGUCAGCGGCCGAUCUUCUGUCUUCGCCUCCUAUUCCAGUGACUGUCGAUGAACAGAACCUCGUCGUUUCGUUCCUUCAGUUCAUUCGUCAGAAGGUCUCGCAGAAUGUUGCGUCCGUCGAACAAGCCGAAGCACUGGAAGGUCAGUUGUCUACAAUAUUUCAAGUGAGUUUCCAAAUCCAAUCGGAAUUAGUAUAUUUUCAGUUGCCAUUCAGUGUCUCGAGCACGUUUUCCAACUGAACGAUGGAUCCUAUGCUUUCCAACCAUCCCGUCCGAUUUUGGAGAUGUUCAAGAGUGCAGAAGGGGUUCCAGCUGGUGAGAGCUCUCUUCCAACGCCUAGCGCAGCGGACAUCGCACAAGCGAACAAGCUGAAGGAGGAAGGAAAUGAUCUGAUGAAGGCUUCGCAUUUUGACGAAGCCGUUAUCAAGUACAACGAGGCGAUCAAGUUGAACCGCGAUCCCGUGUACUUCUGUAAUCGUGCUGCCGCCUAUUGCCGUCUCGAACAGUACGAUCUGGCUAUCCAGGACUGCCGUACUGCCUUGGCUCUCGAUGCCGGAUACUCGAAGGCUUGGGGACGUAUGGGACUCGCGUUCUCCUGCCAGAGCCGUUACGAACAAGCCGCCGAGGCCUACAAGAAGGCGUUGGAGUUGGAUCCGAAUCAGGAGAGCUACAAGAACAAUCUGAAGAUUGCCGAGGACAAGAUCAAGGAACUCGAGAGCGCACGACCCCCCGCGGCAGCUAAUCCGUUUGCCAAUAUUUUGGGAGCACUCGGAGGAGCUGGUGGACCACCUGGAGCGGGGGGAGCUGGGCCGAAUAUCGGAGCAAUGUUCAACGAUCCGAGUCUGAUAAAUAUGGCCUCGCAAAUGAUGAAUGAUCCGGCACUCUCUGGAAUGGUAGGCGAUUCAUUUGACAGUUUGAAGUUAAUCAAAUCCUAAUUUGUUUACAGCUUAACAACUUGAUGAGUGGAGCGACGAUGGGUGAUCUGAUGGCUGCCGGACAGCAAAUGGCCGCCCGCAUGCAGGAGACCAACCCAGAGCUUAUUGAGAACCUCCGACGUCAGUUCGGACCAGAAGGCGGACCUCCACCACCGAACCCACAAUAA